UUAAUAUCUAAGAAUCAGCUAUUGAAAACCCCAAUUGGCCAAUCGUUAUUUUGAAUAUUGGAUAAAAAUAUCUCCCAUAUUACUCACUUUGUGUGACAAUUUUUGUUUUCAGGAAUCAACUAAUCAAGGAAAAUGGCCAGACUUACAUUAUCUGUUAUAUUCUGUGGAAUGGCUCUUGCCGCUGUCUUCAUGCCAGACUUUCUGAAUGCUGGUCCUGUAAAACGCAAUGAAGAAGAGGGUGAGGGCGCUGUUGAGGUGAAGACAGACACUAAGUCAUCACUGAAAAAGCUGGUCCGCAGCAGGAGGAAUGUUGCCUACUACAGGAGCCUGCCUGAUUUCUGGGGCUGGUAUAAAUACUUCAUGCAGACCAACAACCAGGAGGGAGUUGAAGACAUGGAUCGCAUGUACCUUGUUUACCUGCAGAACAAGCACAGAGUAGAGGAGGGACGCUCCUACAACCAUUACCUCACUCACCUGAGUGAAAUUUACAAAGUCUGUGCCAACUCCGACGACCCAGACUGCAUCGCAGAAUCCACCAGCAAACCCAAAGCCAAACUGGUCAUGCCCGUUCCUGUGAGGCAAGCUACUGUGACAGUGUGCAACCCUUACCUUGACCCCUACUGCCUCUACGCUGUUAGACCAAAAGCUGCAGAAGAAGAGCCUUCUCCUGCUCCUGAAAAGAUCCCUCCGCCAAUUUUCUCUCCUCUGCUCCCUCUGCCUCUGAAAACCCCGCCAGCUUACUACUACCCUCCGGUCUUAGAGCCUUUCUUGUCGGCUGAGCAGAGGGCGGAACUGUUGCGUAUCUGCAAUCCUUCAGACACAGAGUGUUUGCAGUACCACCUGCGGGCUGCUUACGGCUACAGGGCCUCACUUGGGCCUCUGCCCUCCUAUGCUCACCUUGGAUGUGAUCCUACCAAAGAUCCUUACUGUCAGCCCAAGUUGGUGGCAAGAUCACCUUCAGGUUUGUAUCACUAUUACCCCACUUGUAACCCUGCCACUGACCCCCUUUGUGUCACGAAUGUAGUUGCUCCUGCAGCCCAAACCGGUGGGAACGCAGAAGCCUCCAAAGAGCGUUUUUGCAACCCUUUGUUUGAAGAGGGCUGCAACCCCCUUACAGCUGCCAAACUGGCUGCACUUAAUAAGCCUGUCUUGGAAUACGCUCCAAGAGAUGAGCCUGCGCCUCUCAACCUGGCCUGCGACCCUCGCUAUGAUCCGUAUUGUCUGAUGGGUGGAGCUGCUGCUCUCAGGAAACCCCCUCCGGUUCUCCCGGAGUUCCAGACCCGUCACCACCUUGGCAUCCGAGGGAAGACCAAGGAAGGUUAUGACUGCUACAUGUUCUACGAUAAGGACUGCACCCCAGUGGAGAACCAGGACUUGAGAGCAAAUGCUGAGAGUUCUAAAGCAGACUGCCACCCGUACGACCCCAACUGUGGUAGGUUUGCCCCUCAGCAGUCCACUGGAGCUGAAGCAGCCAAGAGAGUCAAAGACGGCGUCAUCGAGCCCCAUCAAGACUGUGACCCAGAAAUCGAUUACAACUGCCGUCUACGCAGGGCAGAGUCUGCAGGUGAAGAACACAAAGAUGAGCCAGCCCAGGAAGAACAAGCCAAAAAUGUGGCCCCUGAGUAUCCAGUUCCACAAUUCGAGGACUUCCUGAGAGGCUAUAUGGGUGGCUACAAGAAAUGAGAAGAAAGAACAAGAUGAGAACUUGCAAAUUGAAUCAUGUUUAUACACAUGUAGCACCAGUUUAGGUCUUAAAAAAGCAAUAUUAGGAACAGUUUUUACAUUGAUGUUUUACUAACACUAUGGUCUUAGAUUCUGCCUGAAAUGUAAUUUUGGGAAACAAAUCCAUAUAUUUGGGGGUUUUGUUAGUGGUAAUGUGAAGCAAUAUAUGUAUGUAUGUAUUAUAUAAUGCAGGGUUGGGAUAUUUGAAUAAUACUUACUGAUACAUAAAUCUGACUGGUAGUUUUUCCUCUAAAUGUAUUAUGUGAAUUCUUGACAUAUA